ACAUCUAACACCCAUUUACCCGCUUCUCGCCCUCAACCCCUCCCCCUUGUGCGCUCGUCCCCAGGUGUUCAACUGCUUCGGGCAGCACUUCUGUCUGCACUUCGAGGCGUUUCAGCUAGGCAGCGCCCCGGUCUACAUGGCGUUUCUGCGCUUCAUGGGGGACGACGCGGACGCCAAGGCGUUUGGGUACAGCCUGGAGGUGGGCGGCAACGGGCGCAAGCUCAUGUGGCAGGGCGUGCCGCGCAGCAUCCGGGACAGCCACCGCAAGGUGCGGGAUUCUCAUGACGGGCUGAUCAUUCAGCGGUCCAUGGCGCUGUUCUUCUCAGGGGGCGAUGGGAAGGAGCUGAAGCUGAGAGUUACUGGGCGGAUUUGGAAGGAGUGA